AUGUCAGCCGCAAAGACCAAAGCUCAGAACCUGAUCAACGAGAAUGCCGUUGUGGUCUUCUCGAAAUCCUACUGCCCCUACUGCAACGCCAGCAAGAAGACGCUCAGGGACCUCGGCGCCAAGUUUUAUGCGCUGGAACUGGAUGAGAUUGACGACGGAACCGAGAUCCAGAAUGCGCUGUAUGAAAUCACGCAGCAGCGGACCGUGCCGAAUAUCUUCAUCGGGCAGAAGCAUAUUGGUGGGAACUCGGAGUUGCAGGCCAAGUCCGCGCAGUUGCCGGCUUUGUUGAAGGAGGCGGGUGCGUUGUAGAUUGGCUAUAGAUAGAUAUGCUUAGAAUCCUGGUCUACGCUAAAUCGAUGUGUUUUACUGUGAUCUGUAACAGUUUUGUGUUCAUGGGUUGAGAUGGAAUAUU